GCGCCAGAAGCGGGGCCGACUCCAUAUGAGCAUGGGCCACUGGCGGCACAUGUCAGGCCUGGAACGACUCCAGCCAAACCGCCCACAGCUUGCGCCAGCCCUGCAGGCGUACGUCGGCGGCAUCCCCACGGCGGCGACCGCGUCGUCGGCCCAGUUUGAAGAGCGCCUGCGCUACCUCUUCGCCAGUGGGGCGGCAGGGCAGGCGGCGGGGCAGGCGGCGGGGCAGGCGGCGGGGCAGGCGGCGGCGGGGCAGGCGGCGGGGCAGGCGGAGGCGGCGGGGCAGGCAGAGGCGGGGCCCCGGGGCGCGGUGCACGUGCUGUGGCACUACCACUUCUCCGCCUUCCGCCGAAAGCGCUGGGCUGCGUUCAUCCAGCGCGACCGCGCGCUCCACAGCGUCGCCAAGCAGCUCACGGGCGGCAGGCCCAAGGAGGAGGUGGUGGUGGGGUGGGGUUCGUGGGCCUUCCAGGGAGGGAAGGGCGGCUCCCCCAUCUCCGUCAGGGGCGGGCGCGCGCCGACGGGGCGGCUCAUCAAGCUGCUCCGUGAGCGCUACGCCAAGCAUGUGUUCAUCAUCGAUGAAUGCAAGACUUCCAAGACCUGCUACAACUGCGGGUGUCAGGAGAUGGCCAUCAAGCGGCUUGGGGGGCUGAAGGAGGGGCAGCGGCCCUGGUCGGUCAAAGUCUGCAACGACUGCUUGACGACCUGGAACCGCGACGUCUCCGCCGCCAACGUGAUCCGUGUGCUCCUCCUGCUGAAGCUGAUGGGCUUCGAGCGGCCGACCAAGCUGCAGCGGCCGCCAUGGCCACCGGCGGCGGCGGGGCCGGGCUGAGAGCCUGAACGGCGCUAGCAGGGCGUGGGGCUGAGGGUGCACGUGUCGAUUGGCGGCGAGUGACGUGACUAGUUUGUUAGCUGCGGGUUAGCACGGACUGUGCACCCCACCCAACCGGCCACGUCCGGAUUUGCGGGGAUGCCAAAGGCCCCCAACAUAGAGGCGUGUGCUUAGUAGGCGCCCGCGUCAAGGUGGCUGGGUUGAUAACGACCCGGGAUCAGCCCUUUUCCUGCCUCCCUAAGGCAGCCACCUCCUUGUUGCUAGAUAUAAGCUGAUGGUGGUGUGCACUUGGAGUGACGGUUGGCCGCGGGUGGCGUAACGUGACGUUGUGCAGAGAACCGCUCGACUGGUUGACUAGUUCAUUUACUGUUUAUUUUGAGUUCGAUGGGUGCCAUGCAUACAAGUUGAUUGUACACGAUAUGCACGUGACGAAGCGAAGUGAGAGGUGCAGGUGUGGUGCCAUGAAUUGCAAAAGGACCGGUAAAACAUGCAAGGAACAGCCGGCCUGCUUUAUUUGCUGUUUAGGACGCUUUGGGGGCUUCAUAACAGUUGUUGGUGGCGCAUGCGCACCCGAAGUGGGGGCGCUCAGUGGAGCCGCACGGGCACAGGGUGGUGCAGAAAAUAGAGACUGUGUGGCUGGGUGAUACCGGUAACAUGUAAAUUCGCAACUUG